GCAUUUUUGUAGUAUAUUCUUAGCUCCGCUUCCGCGCCGACCAUCGGCACUUGCUUCCACAUAUGAGCCGCCACAUCCUGAGUCCACGAGCAACUGGAAGGUACACAGCAGUGCCAAACGAACACGACGAUGACACCCCGCGGCAGGACGAAGCCGUUGUCGUGGAAUCCGAAUCGCCAGGUGCGUCCACCCUUCGGCGUCGCAACUCGAGCGACGGGGGUGUCUCACCCGCGUCGCCAAGGUCGCCCACCAAGUCUGCCAUGCCCCAACCCACCACCGUCUCGGAAAGUACAUUGGAGGACGAUGACGACGUCAAACACUCCCCCGAUGGUGAUGCCGCUGCUGGUACGUCCGACGAAGCCGUUGCAGUAGCAUUGCACUCGCUCGAAGACCCCAACGGCAAUCUCCACAUUCGUAUCUUGGACUUAAACGGCAAGGUCUUUUCUGUAUCUUGUUCCAGCGACUGGUCCGUGGAUCAGCUGCACGCCGUCGUGGAAGCUAAAAGCGGCGUGGAUGCGGCGCGGCAACGGCUCAUCUACCGCGGCCGCGUUCUAGACGGCGACUCGUCCUUGGGGGCGUCAAAGGUCGAAGACGGUCACACGAUCCACUUGUUCGUUCGCCAGGUCGCUCCCCUUGUCCCCGAGACCACGUCCUCGGAUGAGUCGGAAGCGGCGCUUCGUCGACUGCGGGAGCUAGAGGACCAUCAGCACCGCGUGAUCCAUUUCCACUCGGGUGGUCCAACCAACGAACCCAUUCGAAGCGCGGUGUUUCCGUCCGAGAGCGCGCGGCGGAUGGACCCCAUCCUCCAAGACUCACCGCUCGGCAUGGCGGCGCGGCGCGUCAAGUUGUGGGCGUCAUUCGUGCUGAUCAUCCACACGAUGAAACUCCUGGGACAGUGCGCGUUCCUGGCCAACUUUGCCGCGCAGAACGCCGCGGGCAUGAACGACCGCAUCAAGAAAGAGCUGCAGUACACGCCCUUGUACGACGAAACGUCGGUCGCGACUGUCGGCAAGCUCGUCGGGUACGCGUUUGGGGUGUACGUGGGCUGCGUCGGAUUCAAAGCCGCCCAUGACACGGACGUGCGGCCUGCGCGGCAGUACAUUGUCGGCAUGAUCGCGCUGGGAAUGGCGACGAUGGCCGAGCAAGUGUACGAGAUCUUGCGGUUCUCGGCGUGGGACCCGGAGGAGUACCGGAAGGCGCGCAGCCACACGUUUGCGGCACAGAGCCAGCCGAGCUUGGACGAGAUGGUGCGGAGUUACGUGGUCCAGACGUUCCUCCUCGCGCUCAUGUUUUUGUGGGCGGUGAAACACGCGCAAGGCCAUCGCGAUGAACUGGCGGCGUACAACGAAACGGUGGUCGCCGCCGCUAUGAGCGCCGUGCCGCUACCGCCCCUGGACGCCCUCGAACGAAGUCAGCACCACCACCAACCACCAGUAGUAGUAGUAGUGCCUGCAGAAGCAGCAGCCGUGACGACACAGCCUCAAGAGAAUAACAACCCGCCGCUACCGCCCCAUCAUGUCGUGUGA